AUGGUAUUACAACUCAAAGGUGAUACAAAAAUCACCUAUCUGACAACGCCUACAAAGAUCACUUGUUCAUUGAAUGGGAGUAAUUCUUUUACUCCUCUAUUAUACUGGGAUAUCUUACAUGGUCCAAUGAAAUGUAUUCAUACUGCUGGUAGACAUUUAAAAAUCAUACCACAAAAUGCAUGUUAUGGUGUUAUACUCGCUAGAUGUUAUGCAUUCUAUGAAAAUAUAUUUAUAUCUUUUAUAGAAUAUAAAAAUAUUCUAUUGC